AUUAAUGGUCACAGCCUAGCCAGACACGUGUGCAACUCGGUAUGUCAUGCAUGUAGUGCAGGCUAUCACCGCAAGUUACAGCAAGUUUGUCAGUCCAGUGCCAGUUCUACGAUGGCAACAAGACCUGUUUUGGGGGCAUUUAAAUAUUUGACUUUCUUUUCCAAUGAAAAUAUAUUGAGUAUUUCAUGUAGUUUGCUAUCUAGGUAUGCAGUAGGAGCACAAAGAGCCAAGAGGAAUUUGAGGUGUUUGUGUGCAUCUGCUAGUACCGGUACUAGUACUACAAGCAAACACAUGGACGUUAUCACUAAAGAUAAAGUCUUCAUUGACACCAAUGGUCUGGUCAAUACAUUGGAAGAACAUGGAUUUUCAAGGCAACAGGCGGAAUGUCUCACAGGUGUUUUGCUCAGUGUGUUCAGCAAAAAUACAGAGGUUCUGUCAAAGGAGACAAUUUCAAAGGAACAGUUGGAAAUCAGUGUUCAAACGAUAAUGUCCCACAUAUCAGCUGUGAAAAAGGACAUGAUCAUCUUAGAGAAAAGUGAAUUUUCAACACUCCGCACUGAAAAUGAGAGAUUAGAAAAUCAAGUCAAACAGUUGAGGAAACAACUUCAGGAUGACAUCACCAAUCUGAGCAACAAGGUUGCAUUGGACCUCAAUCUGGAGAAAAGCAGGGUGAAAGAAGAGGCUAACGAGCACAGGAUGCUGGUUGAAACUAACAAGAAUCUUAUUACCACUGAGGUAGCCAAUGUCAUGUCCAAGCUGGAGGCGACCAAGAAUGAUAUCUUCAGGUACUUUGCAGGUACACUUCUAGGCUGUUUGACAAUAGCUCUGGGUUUCUACCGAAUUUGGAUGCAUUGACAACAGACAGUGAGACAUUAUAUCAGUUUUUCUUUAGAUAAAUUAUGAACUUUUCAACAAAUUCCAGUUAAGAGAUAAAUUCAUCUGGUAUGGUUGUGUUAUUUUAAUAUUUAAAUGUUUAAUCAC